AUGCCUUCAUCAAUGUCAUUAGACAACAAAGAAAAUAAAAAAUGCGCUUAUGAUAAGGAAAGCGACUAUCAGAAUUGGAAUUAUGAUAUGAACACUAAGCAACUUAUAAGUUUGGAUAAAGAGAACGGAAAAUGUGCAUCAACUUUAGGUUUCUCAUCAAACAAUGGAAUUCUAAGCAUGCAAGCAUGUAACGCUUCAGAUAUUUCACAAAAAUGGACUUUUGGAUACAUAAACGAAACAGCAUUAAACAAUUUUGAUAACAUAGAUUUCGAGGAUAAUAUCUUCAAAGGAUAUCAUUUAACCAGUUAA